AAUGGAAAGUGUUUUUGUAGAGAAAGUUUAAUCAAUAAAGAAAGAAGAUCAAACGUUUGAUCAAUAAGACAUGGUAAAUUUUCAUAAUGACACAAAAAAACGAAAUAAAAAUUCGUAAGUUGUCCGAAGUUACUGGUGUACCAUCUGAAAAGAGCAACACACCAGAAGCUCUGAAGAAAUUGAUGGAAUUUGUGCCUAAUUUUGAUGUAGACAGUGAUGAUUCUGAUACAAGUGAAAUAGCUGAUCUGUUCGAACAGUUUCACAAAGACAGCUUUUUAGUAAAGAGACCUGGUCAAAAACGAUUAAAAAAGGACGAAGCCGCUAAAAUGACCAUGAAAGCUUUUACAAAUGAUUAUAAGAGAGUUAUGGAAGAACUUAGAAAAGAACAACAGAUAGGAGAUAAUAUGGUUUACGAGGAUCCCAACGACGAUUUUGCGGAAUUAAAGAAAUUAAAAACCGAUUUCCAACAAUUUGAAGAAAUAGAAAAAUUGCCAGUAAAUGGAGAACUUAUUGCUCCUCAAGAAAAUUGCCAACAACAAUGUUUGGCACGUAACGACUUUAUAUCCGACAUGUGGUCAUUACUUGAAAGACACCGAGAAGACCAAAAGUUUGUGAUAACACCUCCAUGGUAUGACGCAUAUAGACAAGAGCAGCCUCAUUGGAGCGAAAGGCCUUUUAUAGCCUGGAGUGUGGUUGACGAAGCGAAACAAAAAUGUGAAAAAUGGCUAAAGAAAAUUGAAGAAGACAAAAAUAAAUAGGUGGUA